UGUACUUAUGAGGAUUGAGGCUGCUUGUAAAGGAAAACGAUGUGGCGUGUCACGCUACACGCGUUUAAUAUCACGUCGGUGACCACCCGGUCCUCAAAUGAUUUGGCGUUCCUCCGCCAAUAAAUAAAUAAUAAUAAAAAAUAAAAAAAAUUCCAGAGGAAGGAGGGAUUCAUUCCCAGGAAGGCAGCAGAGAAGCACCGAGGACUCCGCCCCAACCUCCAAGCUUCAGUCCGAAGUGGAGAAGAGAAACACCGCAGGCCUGACUGAGAGACCAAAGAAAAAGGAGGAGAAUAAAAAAAAAUGCAAUGCAUGCGGAGAUGUACUCGUUUCUGAAGGAGUAGAGGCGGGAGGAGGAGGGAAACACCCAGAGGGAGCAGAACACAAAAGCACAAGUGGAGGUGCCUGCAACCAUGAGCGGCUGUUUGCCUGAGCCGCGGCUGCCGCUGCCUCUCCCCCCGCGGAGCACAUCGUGAGGUGCGCCUCAGGAACCUGUCAGCCGAAACGACACGCCGAGGAGAACCAGGAGGAGGAGGAGGUGGUGGAGGUGGGGCGGUGGUGGUCGAAAAGAUGUCCACCUCGGUGGGGCCCCAGGGCGGCCCUCGCCCACCCACCGUGCCGCCGUCCAUGCCGGAUCUACCGGACCUUAGCCACCUCACCGAGGAGGAGCGGAAGAUCAUCAUGGCAGUGAUGGCUCGCCAGAAGGAGGAGGAGGAGAAAGAACAAGCCAUGCUUAAGACACUGCACCAGCAGUUUGAGAGCUACAAACAGGAAGUACGUCGCAUCGGGGUCGAGACGCGUCAUCAGCCGACGCAGCAGAAGGAUGACGCUCCCACCUGCGGCAUUUGCCGCAAGACAAAGUUUGCUGAUGGCUGUGGUCACCUCUGCUCAUACUGCCAGACCAAAUUCUGCGCUCGCUGUGGAGGGCGGGUCUCUUUGCGCUCCAACAAUGAGGACAAAGUGUGUCUCAUAGUGAAGGACAGGGUAAUGUGGGUUUGCAACCUGUGCCGUAAGCAACAGGAGAUUCUCACCAAAUCAGGAGAAUGGUUUUCGGGGUCAGGAGUGAGGCCCGGGAGCCUGGGCAACUCCCUAAACAACCCAGCCAAAGCAGGUGAGGUUCAGCGUGACAGGAAGCUCCUCCGCUCCAGAUCCCAAGCUUCACCCUCUAGCAAAAACACAGGGCCGCUGGACGGGACACCGUCACCUGCUGGACUCCCCACUGCCAAGGCUGGGGACACCAUGCCAGGCUCCCGCUCCCAAAGCGAACCACCAAAAGAAAAAAAACGACCAGUAUCUCUCCAUGAACAAAAUGGAAGGGGGGUGAUGGGACGGGGCAGUGGUCGCAGACCUGGCAAGCUGCAGUCUCAGUCAUCCCUUGAAGAGCGUGUGAGCACUGAUGACAAAGGAGAAAGACGGUUUGGAGAGGGACGUCGGCUUGAAAAGAUCCAUUCUCAAGACUACGAGGAUGGCGGGGAGGACCUGAGACAUUCAGGGGUGAACCGCAGACGUCCGGAGGACGAAGAACAAAGGGAGAGACAACUCCGCGAGGAGGAGUUUCAGAAUCGUUAUCGGAGCGACCCCAACCUGGCGAGAUAUCCAGUCAAACCCCAAAAAGAAGAACAGGAGAUGCGAAUGCAUGCCAAGGUGUCGAAGGUACGGCACGAGCGCCGACACAGUGAUCUUGCAAUCAAUGAGGUUGGCUUAGGACCAGGUGAAGGAGGAGGUGUAGGGGGCCAUGCACCUUCAAACCGUGUUGCCAGAAGGAGUGGUGGUGGCGAAGGAGACCGCAAAGGCCUCCUUGAGAACCACAGAACCUUUCCUGGUGACAGGACCGUGGGGAUGGGAGGCGGACCUCCGCCUACAGGAGGAGGAGGAGGGAAAUCAGGGUCCCAGACCGGAGGACAAUUGCCUAAUGAUCAGGGCUCAAACAAUUCCCGCCCGGAGUCUGGCACAACUAGGGACAAAAGUGGGGAACACCUGCUAAGGAAAGUCUCACAGAGUUUAGACCAGUCUGACUCUUUGCGGCCACCCCCUCCCCGGUCAUACCAAGGCAAGCGAGGAAUCAACAAGAGGCAGAUGUCCAUCAGUAGCUCAGAGGAGGAGGGUGGGUCCACUCCUGAGUACACCAGUUGCGAGGACGUGGACAUGGAAAGUGUCAGCGAGAAAGGGGACUUGGACUGUCACCCUUUAGAUCCUACAGUGUGGCAUCACCCAGUUACAUGGCAGCCGUCCAAAGAGGGUGACCACCUGAUUGGGCGCAUCACUUUAAGCAAGCGGUCGGCCGUGCCCCGAGAGGCUGGCUCCCUGCUGGGUCUAAAAGUUGUUGGGGGAAAGAUCACAGAGUCUGGAAGACUUGGGGCCUUCAUCACCAAAGUCAAAAAAGGCAGCCUAGCAGAUGUUGUGGGGCAUCUACGUGCAGGUGAUGAGGUCUUACAGUGGAAUGGGAAGUCAUUGCCAGGGGCAACCAAGAAAGAAGUGUACAACAUCAUUCUUGAAUCCAAAGCUGAACCUCAAGUGGAGAUCGUAGUUUCAAGGCCAAUAGGCUCCAUCAGUCGAAUUGUGUCCAAAAACCUUUUGAGAAAAGUCUAUAAAGCAUAUCAAGACAUUCCAAGAAUCCCAGGGUCCCCUCACCCUCCACUAGAAUCCACUGGCUCGAGCUCCUUUGAGUCACAGAUGAUGGAUCGUCCCUCUAUAUCGGUGAUGUCACCUACCAGCCCUGGCACCCUUCGAGAGCUUCCUCUUGUGCUACCUGGACAGCUCUCUGUGAAGCUGUGGUACGACAAAGUGGGUCACCAGUUGAUUGUCAACGUCCUUCAAGCCAUAGACCUGCCACCUCGACCAGACGGCCGACCUCGGAACCCGUAUGUCAAAAUGUAUUUCCUACCUGACAGGAGUGACAAAAGUAAACGACGGACAAAAACAGUGAAGAAGAGCUCAGAGCCAAAGUGGAACCAAACUUUCAUAUAUUCCCAUGUCCACCGGCGGGACUUUAGAGAGCGCAUGCUGGAGAUCACCGUCUGGGAUCAGCCCCGAGUGCAGGAGGAAGAAAGUGAAUUUCUAGGCGAGAUCCUUAUAGAGCUUGAGACAGCCUUAUUGGACGACACGGCUCACUGGUACAAACUCCAGACUCAUGAUGUGUCCUCCAUACCUCUGCCUCAGCCCUCUCCAUAUCUUCCACGCCGACAUGUCCAUGGGGACAGUCCGAGCAAGAAGUUACAAAGGUCUCAUCGCAUCAUUGAUACAGAGUUUGAUGAUGGUUUGAUAGGUGGGACUAAAGGUGGAGAGCGUAACUCCCGUGAGAGAGAUAGAAGUAGUACAUUGGCUGUCCCGGAGCAGCAGCGCCCCAUCCAGCACCGCUCCCGCUCAGUGUCUCCUCACAGGGAGGACUCCUGCAGGGCUCGAUCUCGGCCGCCACAUGUGCCCAUGCAAAGGAGUUUGGAUGAGAUUCACCAUAACCGCCACCACUCCCAUUCCCCGUCCCAUUACCACGAGUCUUCCCUGGAGCACCAGCGCUCCGGCGACUCAGAUUAUGAGUAUUCAGAGGACAGCGAGGUCCUGGAGAUGCACAGAUCAAUACGAGGCGGGAGUGCUGAGUGCCUGCACACCAACAGGACGAUAGGUAGAUACAGCACCCUCCCCCCCAAAAUGCCCCUUUUAGUAAAUGGUAUCCAUAAAGACAUUUACAGCUCAACCCUCCCUGCAUGCCUAAAGAGUAAACCAUAUACCAGGCAGGAGAGGGGCGGCACCUUGCCUCGUAGCAUCCUCACACACCGUGUGCUCAGGUUCACAGACGAGGUCACGGUUAGCGACCUGCAGCCAUCCCUGGACAGAGUAAGGAGUGCCAGCACCACAUGUCUAAGACCAGACACCAACUUUCACUCCUCUGACAGAAACAGGACUUCCCCAAACCCCAGGAUCUUAGUAGAACAUGUGGCCCCAGAGGAAGAGAGUCGAAUUCAGCCAACCUCUAUCCUGAGGGGCAGUAGAGGGAGAGGGGGGCCCCUAAAGCCCUUUGUAAAGACAGUGCUGUCAGGUUCCUGUCCUAACUCACCACGAACGGACAGAGCAUACCGACAUGGCAGCACUUCUCCUCAAACAGCGAUGUCCAGUCGAAGAGGUCGGCAGCUUCCACAGCUCCCUAUGAAGAGCAGCAGCAUAGAGCAUGCCCUAGCAGUAGAGGAGCGAGCCCGACGGCUGCCAAUGAAAGUACAUUCCUAUUGGCCUUCAGCCUCCCACGAUCCUCAAACAGACGUCCAGACCAAGCGGGAGAUGUACGCAGAGCAGAGGCGCAGUAGUGACAACAUGUCUGCCAGAUCUUCUGACAGUGACAUGAGCGACGUGUCUGCCCUCUCCCGUGCCAGCAGUGCCUCUCGCCUCAGUAGCGCCAGUUAUAUGUCCAUACAAUCAGAGCGACCUGGGGGACGGCUCAGAUCCAAGUCUUUAGAGGAAGACAAGAAGGAAAGAAGAAUCUCAUGGGAGGUAAACGGAGAGGAGGAGAGAAAGAGGGAAGCUGGAAAGAGGCGCUUCUCUCAGGAGUUAAAGCGCAGGAGACACACUGUAGCAGGAGACACAGAGGAGUCCAGUCGACAGAUGCGAUCAAUGGGCCGGAACAUGAUGAAGAGCUCCAGUGUGAGUGGUGAGAUCUACACGCAGGAACGCACAGAUGGCAGCCAAUCGGACACAGCGCUGGGCACGGUAGGGGGUGGCAGCAAAAAGAGACGCUCCAGCAUCAGCGCUCGUGUAGUGGCAAUCGUCGGCAAACACCGCAGCCGCAGCACCUCACAGAUCAGUGGUCCAGAGGGGAAGACUAAAAGGGAAAAGGGAGCCCCCAUCCAGAGGAGCACGGAGACCGGCAUGGCUGUGGAGCUGUCCAGGAACAUGAGCCGGCAGCCCAGCAGAGAAUCAAACAAUGGCAGCAUGAACAGCUGCAACUCUGAGGGAAAUUUGAUCUUUUCUGGAGUCAAUCUGGGUGCCAGCAGCCAGUUCAGCGAUUUCUUGGAUGGACUGGGACCAGCACAGCUGGUUGGCAGGCAAACACUGGCUACUCCUGCCAUAGGUGACAUUCAGAUUUCAAUGAUAGAGAAAAAAGGCCAGCUGGAGGUGGAGGUAAUCAGAGCUCGAGGACUCGUACAAAAGCCAGGAUCCAAAUCUCUGCCUGCUCCUUAUGUCAAAGUCUACCUACUAAACAAUGGGGCAUAUGUAGCCAAAAAGAAAACCAAGAUUGCACGGAAAACACUUGACCCCCUGUACCAGCAAGCACUACUAUUUGAGGAGAGCCCCCAGGGGAAGGUCUUACAGGUUAUCGUCUGGGGAGACUAUGGCCGAAUGGACCAUAAAAGCUUCAUGGGAGUUGCACAGAUCCUGCUGGAUGAGCUAUACUUAUCAAACACAGUCAUUGGUUGGUACAAGCUAUUCCCUCCAUCCUCCUUGGUUGAUCCAACGCUGGCAUCCUUGACACGGAGAGCUUCCCAAUCAUCUCUUGACAGCUCCCCGGGACCACCUGGGGUUCGAUCCUAGUGGACCAACAGCUCUAUUCCGUCCCUCAGGGGAAGGGGAAGAAAAACAAACGAGGAAUUAAAUGAACAAGAGAGGCACAUACAAUACAAGGCAGACACGUAGAAAAACAUUGGAAAUGGUCAUUAAGGGAAAGCUUUGUUGAAAUCUGACAAUCACUCCUUCUGCAGUUAUUUUUAUCUGUUGUAGGGAGCGUCAUAUUUCGGUCUUUCGUUUCCAUUCAAAUUACCGUCUCAUAGUCAGUCUCUUGCUCUCCAGUCAGAAUAUGACAGCUAUGAGUGAAUCAAAAGAAACAGGGUGGUUUUUUUAGCUGAAUCAACCUAGCGAAGAAAUGUAUGUAAGUAUUGGAAUGUAUGGCCUCAAGAACGAGGUAAAAUCCCUUCGCUGACUGCAGGGGGCGGACUACUUUGUGUAGUGGCCUCCUCCAGAAGCCCAUCAGACUGCCGGUAUUCUGGUCCCAGUUAGGGUGCCGCCCCGCCCUCCCCUGCAUGGGUGUUCAGUCUGGAAGCACAGGGCCUUCUUCUGGUGCCUAGAUCACUUGUCCCUCUCUUUGUCUAAAUAUUCUCUUUUCAACAUGUUUACCAAGGCUACUCUGAGGCCAUAGUCUUUUAAGAGUGAAUUAUGUGGUGUUCAUUUACUUUUCUUUUUUUCUUUUUUUUUACUACGGGCACAAAAUGUUUUUACGGUGUGCAAACGGCUCCUGUUUUGUGGUCAGUCUUGGGAAUGCAUGAUAUAAAAGAUUUAAAAGGGACAUCAAAUUUUAUCUGCAGCUCCUCUGCAAGAUGUUGGAUAACAGUAACAGAUGGUCCACCAUUUUGGCUCUAUUUUCUAACUUAGUUCACCUGAAAGUAUCCUAGGUGGAACAAUGAUGACCUUGCUGCACACAGCAAGCAUCAUUUAUCAAAUAAUAGGGUUAGUUGUCAAGCAAAAAUUACUGUUGAAAACAAAUCCGUAUUUGAUUGAUAUCACACUUAUAAUAACUGACAAUCCCAUCAAUGACUCAAACAUACUCUGGUGGUCGAAAAAAAUAAAAUAAAAUCCAUUACAUUACUUUAGUUUAUUCAAGAUUUUGGUUGUAUCUCCCUCCCUUUCAGAAAGUGAUUCAAAAACAGUAAAAAUGUCAACGGGUUUUUUAUUUUGCAACCUUUAAAAAGAGGGUUAUACACAAGAUAAUUAAAAUAUAUAUAUAUAA